AUGGCAAAUAAUAAUAAUAAUAAUGGAGAACAAGCAGAAAAUAAAAAUUCAAAAAAAAUGGUAUUUAUCACAUCAAUUGAUGAUGAUAAUCAUAAUAUACUUUCAUGUUUGAAUUCAAAAAAUGUUGAAGCAAUUGUUGUUAAUUUAAGUAAUACAAAACUAAUGAAUGGAUAUCAAAUUAAUAAUGAAAUUCCUAAACGAUCUUUAUCUCAAUUGGAACAACAAAUACCAUCAAUCGAUGUUUCGAAAAAUACAAAUACAAAAAAGCGUAAAGCUGAUUUAACAUGUGUUAUUUGUGAAGGUCAAGCUAUUGGUUAUAAUUUUGAUCAAAUAUCAUGUGAAUCUUGCAAAGCAUUUUUUCGUCGAAAUGCUUUUCAUCCAAUUGAAAAAACAAAAUGUAUCAACUAUAAUGAUAAUGUCUUUGAAGUUCGAUGUAAUAUUCGAUAUGAUAUUAAAUAUAAAUGUCAACGUUGCCGAUUACUUAAAUGUUUUCGAGAAGGUAUGCGUAAAGAUUUUAUUUUAACUCCAGAAGAAAAACAAUUAAAAAAACAACGUUUGGAAGAAAAUCGUCGAUUAAGUUCUGCAGUAAUUAAUAAUAAUAUAAAAAGUGAGAAUAUCAUAGAGCCUAUAACAAUAAAUCAAAAUAAUGCAUUACUUGAUAAUACUCGUUCACAUUCAUCUACGUUUCUUACCGAAGCUGAUCGUUCAUGUUUAUCACACAUUCAAAACGCUUAUUUUUCUGCAUCUCAAUCAACACCAUCAGCUUCAUCUGUUAUUUCCUUGGAAUUAGCAUCGGAUAAAAUGUCAACAUUUAUGAAUACAAUUGAUAUACAAAAUUUUAUUGCAAUUAAAUUGAUUAAUUUUCUUCGAGAAAUACCCGAAUUCGCACAACUUGAUGACGACGAUCGUUUAAUACUUGUUAAGUAUAACUUAACAUUGCUUUUUGUUAUACGUUACUCAUUAAAUUUUGAUUCAGCACGUGAAAUAUUCUAUGAUGUUGAUACAGGUGAACCUGUUUCACCAAGUGAGGAAGCUUUUGCUCAGUAUUGUAAAAGUUUAUUUAUUCUUUGUUAUGGUUAUGAAUUUAAUCGAAUUGCUAUGUCUAUUUUUCAUGCUCUUACUAGUAUAGUUAACAAAGAUCCUAUUAUAACUCAAUUACUUAUGCUUAUUAUGAUUUUUUCAAAAGGUUUAUCAGCUAAUGAUGAUCAAGAACCACUUUUAAAUGAUGAAAAACGUGUAUUUUAUGCUCAAUCAAAAUAUACUGAUUUACUAUUUCGUUAUUUAAUGGAACAAUCAUCAUUUGAAGUAGUUAUAAUCAAAAUGACACAUAUUAUUCAGCAAUUAUUAAAAAUUCAAAAAAUUUCAAGAGAUUUUCGACAAUACAUUAAGAGCAAUGUUGAUUUAACUCAUGUUAAUCCAUUGAUGAAAUCACUUCUUCAUUUGACAUAA